AUGCCUCGCAAUCGACAAAACCUUCCCACAAAGUUUAAUAAAAAGGCCAGCGAAGAUGGAGGAGAGAAUGCCUCCCGAAAAGCGAGGAGCCUAACGAAAGGCGGUGGAAAAAAGUUAGGAACACGAAGUGGGGCUCAGUUUCACUCCAAGAAAGUUGCCAUUGGUGAAGAUGGUGUUGAGAUUAUGGAAACCUUCUUCAAGGCUCAAGAUGAACAAAUGAUACAGACGGAAAACUCUUCCGUUUCGAGACCGGCAGCUGGUGAAGGAGGAAGAGCAGCCUUGAAAAGUGGAAUCAACAUGCAAAAUCGCCACAAACCCAAGACUCCCAAAAAAGUGCGCAUGUCCGUAGGAGGUGAUGAUGACGGUGAUGAAACUAGCGUAGACUCGGAAGAGAAGAAAAUGCCGGCACGAAAACAACCAGUGGAAAAGGACACCAAUCUCGACAAGGAUGUGGCGACAAAGUUGACUGAAGUAUAUGUUGCCAAACUCCAAACCACUGUGACAAGUCCUUCCGAACUGAGCAAGGUUUCGACGGCUCCUCCGACCCCUUUUGAAGAACAAGAGACGGCUCGAUUUGCAAAGGAUGACCAAGAAGGCGACGACGACGAACAGGUGGAUACGGAUGCUCCUCGUGCGGAUGAUGAGUUGUUAACACAACCUGGUACCCAUGAAGACGACGAUGAUGAUGAGGAUGAGGAUGUUGUUCUUGCUCAAGCGUCCGAUGAUGUUGGUGAUAAAAAGCAACCCGCGUUGAUGGAACGAGCAGAGAGUCCGGAACCAACCUUCCCUCCCAUGGGCUUGGAUGAUCUUGGUCCUCCAGAACACUCCGAUAAUGAUGAAAAUUCCUUCGGUUUGGAGCCUCCAGAUCAUUCCGAUGACGAAGCUGAUGCACAAGACGGCGGCAAAGAACAACAACAACACGAUGAUGGCGAUAAGGACCAACAAUCCGAAGACAGCUCCGACAAUGAAUCAUCCGAAAAGCCAGAGUCAAAGCAGCCAGAGCCUGCUCCAGCAGCUGCUGCCACUUCGGAUUCCAGUAACGCAGAUAGUGAUGAUUCGGACAAGGAAGGCACUGGCUUCAAUAUGGUACACGAUCCUGAAACACCGUCCAGUGUUCGAAAGCAACGAGCAAAGGAAGAGAAAGCUGCAUUAAAGCGAAAGAAAAAGAAGAAGCGACGAGGUAGUGAUACUUCCGAUUCAGAUGAUGGUGAUGACACCAACGACGAAUCGACGUUACAGACCCCCGCCAAAAAGCAAACCAAAAAGAAAAAGAAGAAGCGCCAUGUUGCUUUCUCACCAAAGGGUAUGCCAGUUGGCAAUCGUACCUACAAAAGGAAGCCUCUCGAUGACUUUGCAGUGGAUCUUUCAGACGACGAAUAUGAUGGGGUUCGGCGAUCGAGACGGGCACGGUGCAAACCGCUUGAUUUUUGGAGAAACGAACGAUUGGAAUAUGGAGCCAACAACGCAACUGGGAUCAUGGGAGAAAUUAUGGGGGAUAUGCCAGUUGUGGUCAACGUCAUUAAAGCGGAAGAUACUCCGUACAAGAAGCGAAAGCCGGCCAAACAGCAGAAGAAGAGUAAUGCCAAGAAGAAGAAAACAAAAGGUUCUGGUGGUGACGACGAGGAGGAAGUGAAGCCGUUUAACUUGAACAAACUAAAGAAGAAAUACAAGGUGAUUGAAGGGGAUGUGGCCAAUCUUUGGGACGAAAUGAUCGAUGAUCCUUCCGAUAUGAAGGUGAUUGCCUAUGCCGAUAAUUUGGAGCCCAGCGAUCUCCCAUUGUCCAAGCAAAGGGACGAAAAGGAUGGUUUUGGGGUCGGUCAAGCCGCCCAAGCGUUCAAUAUUCCAAACGACGACAAUGACGCCUAUGUUGGGUACAUUAUGGGAAAUCUAAAAUUGCCACCAAAGGCAAUCAAGGAUGCCGAAUCUGUUGGGCCUUGUUCCCAAACAUUUACGGUCUGUGGUUGCCAACCAAAAGCACUGGAAAUUGCCUACGGGGAUCCUGACUUGCCAGAGGGCAUACUGGAUCCCGACUCUGCUCAGAGGUUCUACCUGAGUCCAGGUGAUAUGUUUCGAGUACCACCCGGAAACUGCUACCGACUUCAAAAUCGUUCCAAGACCACGGAUGCCUUUUUGACGUGGACCAUUAUCCGGCCCCGAAAUAUCGCGAAUGAUGAAGACUCGGAAUGA